CGGCAUCGACCACUGUUUACACAGCCGAUUAUGAAGAACAGAAUUAUGUAUCUGGGCAAUUUACUUGCAUAACAGGCGAUGCGUAUUACCAAUGUGACAAUAUAAAACGCGAAUUCGUUCCUCAUCAGUCAUUCGAUAGUAUUGGUCUUGAUUUAUCAAGUAUGUUGCUUAUCGAAUGGUCUCAUUGGCAUACGAUAUCUGUAUAGACAUGCUUGUAUUCAGUGCAUGCGGAGUGCACGAGUUCAAUCGGUCAGUCGAAGUGGACAUUUGGUAACUGUAGAGAGAUACCCGCACAGCAGGGACGGGAGAGCGGGCGGACACGGGCGAGGCCGUCUGUGGGUGGUAGCGGCUGACGUACGGUGCGUGACUAUGACCAGCAGAAACGGAGGGAGAACCGGGGAGAACAUCGAAACAGCUGACCGAAGACGAUGGGCGAAAGAAGACUUGCUAGAUGGUAUUUCGGAGGUCUCGCUUCGGCCGGUGCGGCUUGCUGCACGCACCCGUUAGAUUUGUUGAAGGUUCAUUUACAAACUCAGCAGGAAGGGAGGUUGUCGAUUUUAAAACUUACUGUGAAUAUUGUGAAGCAGCAAGGUAUUUUAGCCCUUUACAAUGGGCUUUCUGCGUCAUUAGUCCGGCAACUAACAUAUUCUACCACAAGAUUUGGAAUUUAUGAGAUAGCUAAGCAAUCAAUUGCACCAUCUGGAGAUUCCAUUCCUUUCUAUCAACGUGUUGGGUUGGCUGCUGUAGCUGGAGCUGCAGGUGGAUUUGUUGGGACCCCUGGUGAUUUAGUUAAUGUUCGGAUGCAAAAUGAUAUCAAACUUUCACCUGAAUUAAGAAGAAAUUAUAAACAUGCUCUUGAUGGUUUAAUACGUGUAUAUCAAGAAGAAGGGUUACGUCGAUUAUUCUCAGGUGCCUCUACGGCUACAGGAAGAGCUGUACUUAUGACUAUUGGCCAAUUAUCCUUUUAUGACCAAGGGGCAGUUGCAACAACUCUAACUCAACCUUUGGAUGUUUUGAAAACAAGAGCAAUGAAUGCCAAACCAGGAGAGUUUCGUGGCUUGUGGCAUUUAACCACUUACACUGCCAAACUUGGACCUUUGGGAUUCUUCAAAGGAUAUGUACCUGCUUUUGUACGGCUUGGACCUCACACCAUCCUGACGUUUGUGUUCCUCGAACAGUUAAGAAAAAACUUUGGAAUUGUUUCAUCUUAAUAGAAGUUCUAUUGCUUGAAUUGGUCUACAUAGUUCAGGAGAAAAUGUGUUGUAGUGGUAUAUAUAGUGGUAAUGUGGAGCAGUAGUAAUAAUUCUUAUGCUUAAGAAUGUGUUUCUAAUCAAUAUGCAUAGAUGCAUGGGUAUGGUGAUUUAAAGUAUUUAUAGAAGCGAUAAUCAGUGUACUGUAAUGCAUAUCAAUUUUUUUUAAUGGAAGAAGAAUAUAAUUUACAGAUGUUCCAUCUAAAACUGGAAAGUAAAAAAAAAAAAAAAAUUGCAAGUGAGAGAACUAAUGUUGUAGAUGAAUGAUAAUUGUGUGCAGCAUGUCAGGUCUUGCUUUUGUUUUUAAUUGUGCACUCCUAACUUGGUGUGUUGCAAAUUUGACAACUUAAUUCUCUAGUAUUACUUUUAUAAAUAUUGAAAUUUAAUAUUGCAUGGCCAGUUGAAUUUUAGAUUGUUAGAUUUGAAACUUUUACAAACUUUGCAACCAUUAAUCAGCAACAUAAGUAAUUUUUAAUGAGAUGAUUUGUACCUUGUUCAAGGGACCACAAUAUGACAAAAGAUGUUUUAUUCUUUGCUGGGCAAACAAUGACUUUUUUUUUUGAGGCCCAUUAUUCAAGCUACAGGAGGUAUGGAUCUCAAAACUACUUGAGUUAAUAUCCUCUGAAAUAUUGUAUUACUUAUUGCUGAUGACUUAUGCAAAUGUUUUUUACCUGUUGAUCUUUAAGCACCAGUAACAAGUAUUGCAUGAGGUUGAUUUUAUACAUUUAGGAAAAGUGACUGGAAAAUACAAUGUUGAAUGGGUUGUAAGUCUCAUAGUCAUGAAUGGUUGCAAGGUAAUUAAACAGUUUCUUGAAAAACAUUAUUUUAAUGUAGAAUGAAUACUCUAAAGAUCAAGGUUGUGGAUUAUGUGUUCUCUGAAGCUCAGUUGUAGAUUCGAUUUCUACCUUUUGACGGUAUAUAUGCAUCUGGAGCUGCAGUACUAUUUAUCUAUAUUUUGAAAUAUGCAAUUUACACGAAACAAUAAAACUACUUCUAUACAAAACUAGAGACCAAUUCUCCAUGCUAAGUAUUGUGACAAUCUUCCAUUUGUCAGGCAACACAAGAUGUUCUGCAUUUUCACUUUGCACUUCAAAUGCCAAAGAUCUGCGUAUCAUCAAUUGAGUGAUGUAUCAAAACAGAUAUGUUAAGAAUUGUUGCAUUUAUUUUAUGUAGUCUUAUAGAACUUUUAAAAAUUGUUGUAUUUUGAAAUGUAUUUUACAUAAUUUUGUUGAAAUAUGAAAGAUUAUGUGUGCUGUUGUACGUUAAUAACAAUAUAUGUAUAUAUUUAAAGAAUAAAUGGUAUUGAUUUUCCCAAAAAGUGUAGAAAUAUAUAACGUCAAUUUUCAAAACAACUUAUAUUUACAGUAACA